AUGGCUUUUCCGAAAACCAAUAGUAAGGAAAGAUUUUCCUUACUUCUGCUGGAGCCUGGAGAGAUUUACUUCGAAGACUACGGUUGUGUCUGCUAUCGAGGAGCUGAUGGCGAAAAUGAUGCUCAUGCCAGAUCUUCAAAAGGGAGGCUGAAAGUUUGCUCCAAAUCUAUCCUUUUUGAUCCUAAAGAUGUACUGCAACCCAUCCUUAAGUUUCCUCUUCGAGACUGUCAGACUAUUGAGAGGUGGCAAGGUUCCCUGAUGUCCAAGAUUGACAAGGGCAACGUCAUCUGCGUUGAAUGUGAUCAAGUGAUUGAAAUGCUGGAGGGCAACAUCAUUGCUCCUUACACUUUCCGGAGAGAAAAGAGCCGAUUCCGUUUUGCCUUGCAAUAUGUCACAGCUUCUGCGUGUGUCGCACGAAUAUCACAAUUAAAGCGUGCUUCCAUGUUGCCCAGUGCCGACCAAGCCGUCAUGAUUUCAGCAAUAGUGAAUUGUCGACAAGGUAGCGUCAAGUUUGACACUAGUUGGUUAGAAGAUCUGCAUGAGACAAUCCUACUGGAGACGACCAGCAACAAAAUCACCCCCUUGGUCGUCAAUCCAGGGAGACUGCUGCUGACAACGAGCCGCCUAUACUUCCAACCCUACAACAAUGCGGAACCUUGGCCUGUCUUGAAGAUAAAACUUUCAAACAUCAAGAGGGUCAUAAAGCGGCGAUUCCUGUUGAAGCAAGUGGGCCUGGAAUUGUAUUGUUCGAAACAGUCUGCAGUGCAGCAUCUGUUUCUGUCUUUUAAGAAUCAGAUAGAACGCGACGUCCUUUUUUCCAAAUUAAUUAUACAGCCAGAACUUAAGUUAGAAGACACAGGACAAGAAAAUAUGACUCUUUUAUGGCAGAAUGGGUUAAUUUCUAAUUAUGAUUAUCUUUUGUAUUUGAACAGUUUGGCUGACCGUAGUUUUAAUGAUCUGACACAAUACCCUGUAUUUCCUUGGAUUUUGUCAGAUUACACAUCAACUUCCAUUGACUUGAGUGAUCCGUCCAUUUACAGGGAUCUGACAAAACCAGUUGGCGCUCUUUCAGAAGAAAGGCUGACAAGGCUCAAAGAACGAUAUGAAGAAAUGGCUGAUCCGAAAUUUUUAUAUGGUUCUCAUUAUUCCACUCCUGGAUUUGUACUCUAUUACCUCGUCAGAAAGAUGCCACAAUACAUGCUGUGUCUCCAAAAUGGCAGGUUUGAUCAUCCAGAUAGAAUGUUUAACAGUGUGCCAGACACAUGGAGAAAUAUCACGACCAACACUUCCGAUUUUAAAGAACUUAUUCCUCAAUUCUAUGAACCAGAUGCUGAAGGGAGAUUUCUUCUCAAUGCAAAGAAUUUGAACUUUGGUUUGCGAAUGGAUGGUUCUAAAGUGGGUGAUGUGGAGCUUCCUGCAUGGGCAAAAGAUCCAGGCCAGUUUGUUCAAGUGUUACGGGAAGCUCUGGAAUCUUCCUACUCUUCGGCACACCUCCACCACUGGAUCGAUCUAGUCUUCGGGUACAAGCAGCGAGGGGAAGAAGCCAUCAAAGCAGAUAAUGUAUUUUAUCAUCUGACCUAUGAAGGAGCUGUUGAUUUAGAUAGUAUCAGGGAUGCAAAUGAACGAUAUGCCUUGGAGGUACAGAUAAUGGAGUUUGGACAGAUCCCGAAACAGCUCUUCCAGAAACCACAUCCGUGCAGAAGGCUGCCUCCUUCCCCCAUUGGGGACCACUUGCCAGAAUUUCCUUCCCUUUACAAAGAUGCGAAGAGUAGGAAUGACUCCGAGUCCAGUACAAGGUCUGAGUCUGCAUCAAAAAGGUGGCAGAAAGACAUGACACAAUUGACUAUCUGUUUGGACUGCAAAGGCCAUAAAGAACAAAUCACAGACGUAUGUAUCACGAAGGAUCAGAAGUACAUUUUUUCCGUGUCUCAAGAUGGAUUGCUCAAAAUGUAUUCCCUGGAAGAAAAGAGACAGUUGAGAAGUAUCAAUGUGUACAACAUGGCUCUCUCUUCCUGCUCAUUGAUGGAAGACGACAGGACAGUUGUUGUAGGCUCUUGGGACAACUACGUAUAUCUCUAUAAUGUGGAAUACGGAAAACUGUUGGCCACCACCAUGGCUCACGAUGAUUCUGUGACUGAUGUCUUCUUCAGCAACAAUCUGCUUGUGACUGCAUCCAUGGAUUCCACUGCAAAAGUAUGGUCCUACGAGCUUGGUGAAAGUGCCCGCCCAAAUUUCUCAUUGAGUGCGGAGUUGGACCAUGAGGCCAGCGUUCUCUGCCUUAGUGUGAACGAAGGAAGGACCCUGUUGGUGACUGGUACUUGUACCGGAUACCUCUACAUCUGGGACCUGGUCUCCUUCUGCCUUGUGGGCCAGCAUCUCUAUCACUCUGGUGUCAUACAUGCCGUCCCUUUUAGCCCAGAUGGCCAGAAGGUGGCUACGUGUGGUAGUGACGGAACUCUGAAGGUGAUUGACGUGCAGACGGCAACCCUUCUUUUUAGCGCAGAAGCCGGAGAACAGCUCAGGUGCCUCUGCUGGGACGGAAGUACGGCUGUGCUGGGAUCUGUGUCCGGAAACCUGCUAGUCUGGGAUCUCUUCAAGGCGGAGCUACUGGAAACCUUGUCUGCCCACAAAGGUGGCGUGACGUGUGUGACUGCGUCCAGGGACGGUGGUGUGCUCGUGACUGCGGGGGAGGACCUGCGUGUCCUCGCUUGGAGGUCGGCGGAAACCCCCCGGUGAAAUGUGCCCUACUUCUUCUCAAUGUACAUUACUGUUUUUAUUGUUUGGUUAAUAAAAUGGA